AUGGUUAGAAAUUAUCCUGAUUUAUUUCGUGACUGGUUAUCAUCUGAAAAAGUACUUGAUCAAUUAAAAUACAGAUAUGAAAGAGAAAUUAAUUGUGGUCAUAAAUCUGUUAUUAAAUCAAUUAUAAAAGACGAUGCUUCACCAUCAUGGCCAAUGGUUCUUUGUGUAUCAAAUAUAAUUGAUGAUGUUACCCAAUCAAUAUCUUCAUAUUUGCCAUUAUCAUCUUCCUCUCAUAUGUCAAAACUCGAAUUAACUGAUGGCUGGUACAAGAUUCAUGCAUGUAUUGAUCCACCAUUACAACGAGCUAUAAUGAAGUAUAAAAUAAAAAUAGGUUACAAACUUGAAAUUUGUGGAAAUUCAACAAAAUUAGCUCAUUGGGAUUCCAAGAUUGGAAUUGGAAAAUUUAGGACAUUUGCAUCAUUAAAGAGUCUUACAACAGAUGGUGGACCUGUUUUUGCAAUUGGUGUUAUAAUAAUGCGAAAAUAUCCAUUUAUGUGCUGUGAAACAAAUGAAGGUGAGGUAUAUAUCACACAUAAUGAAAAAGGUGAAGAACUGGCUCAAGGAAAUUCUAAAUAUAUUCAUUCUGUUGUUCCAUUCUUUAAAGUACAUAGAGAAGCAUUGAUCACUAUAUGGAAACCUAGUAGUUCUUUAUAUAAUUCUAUUCAUGAGGGUCAAGGAAAUCAGAUAUAUUCAUUAUUGGCAGACAAAGCAAUUACAUACUGUGAUGAACUGGAUAAAAUUGAUUGUUUAUAUAGACCACAAGCUAACAUAGCUAUUAAAAGAGUUGAUGAAGUUAAAAAAGACAUAAUAUCUGGCAUAACUGUGGAAGUCCAAAUUGCUAUAGACCCAGAAACAUAA